AUGACCCCAGAACGCCAAAUAGCCGUCAUUGGCAUGGCAUGCCGUCUGCCUGGCGGGGCCGAAAACCCAGAGAGUCUCUGGUCCAUGCUGGCAGAAGGUAGGGAUGGCUGGCAAGAGGUCCCAAAAGACCGGUGGGACUGGAAGUCAUUUUACCACAAGGAUCCCGAGACCAAAGAAGCCAUGAAUUUUAGCCAUGGAUACUUCAUAGACCAGGAUGUCUCAGCCUUUGAUACACAGUUCUUUGGUAUUCCUGCCGCAGAGGCCACCGGCGUAGAUCCACAGCAGAGAAUUGCCCUCGAACUUACUUACGAAGCAUUCGAGCAUGCGGGAAUUCCCAUCGAGACUCUACGUGGCUCUGACACUUCGGUGCACAUGGCAAUGUUUGCACGGGACUAUGAUCGAAUGGGGUACAAAGACGGACCUCAGAUUCACAAGGCUCAUAUCUUGGGCGCGGGCGAUGCUAUUCUGUCGAAUCGGAUUUCGUAUGUUUUUGAUCUGAAAGGGUCAUCGAACACCCUGGAUACGGGCUGCUCUGGGAGUCUUGUAGCAUUGCAUCAAGCCUGUCGUACACUGAAGGAUGGUGAGGCUACCUUGGCAGUUGCUGGAGCCAGUCAACUGAUGUUGACCCCGGACCAAUCCAUUGCUAUGACAUCCGUUGGCACACUCAUCAACAAAGACGGAAGAUCAUACACCUUCGAUGACCGCGGCUCUGGUUACGGACGUGGAGAAGGUGUGGGUGUCCUUGUUUUGAAGUGCCUAGACCAGGCGCUGGCCGACGGUGAUACGGUUCAUGCAGUCAUUGUGAAUUCGGGAGUCAAUCACGAUGGCAAGACUGCUGGAAUUUUCUUGCCCAACGCCGAUGCACAGGAAAAACUGGCUAGGUCAGUCUAUGCCAAGGCCGGGACUGUAGCAGGUGAUGAUGCAGAAAUAAAAUCCAUCUCAAAGGUAUUCGGCCGCCAAGCAGGACGACUGGCCGAUUUGCCUGUGGGAAGCAUCAAGAGCAAUAUUGGUCACUUGGAGUCUUCUAGCGGCGUAGCUGGGAUCCUUAAAGCCAUCAUGGUCUUGAAGAACAACCAGAUCCCUCCAAAUCUGAACUAUAUAAACCCGAAGCCAGGUCUUAAUCUUGAAGAGAGAGGAAUUAUCGUACCACUAGAACUCACAUCACUUACGCCGCGAGGCUAUGUUGGACCCAGGCGCGUCUCCGUAAAUAGCUUUGGCUAUGGUGGAACCAACGCCCAUGCCAUUCUCGAGGCAUACGACCGUCCGUGUAUUACUGACUCCCAUCAAUCCAAUGGAAACGGUCAUGGGCACCACAGUAAUGGCAUUACGAAUGGUAUCACUAACGGUAUUACCAACGGAGAUUCUAAAAGACUUUUUGUUCUCUCGGCAAACUCUGAAGUGUCGCUCGGCAACGUGAUUUCCAACCUACGGCAAUGGCUCAUGUCCAACCAGAGCCGUGAUACUUCAUUCAGUGACCUGUCUUACACUUUGAAUGUCCGUCGUUCAAAGCUCCCAUGGCGCUGCAGUGUCGUAGCAAACAAUGCCCAAGAACUGGAAACAGAAUUAGGAGAUCCAAAACUUCACCAAGUCAAGGCAGCGAAGGAGGCGAGAAUAGGGUAUGUCUUCACGGGCCAGGGUGCCCAGUGGUUCGCCAUGGGACGCGAGCUUUUGGCGACAUCGCAAGUCUUUGUGACGUCAAUCAUGCUUUGCAACCAGAUUCUGAAGGGUCUAGGAUGCGACUGGGAACUCGGCUCGGAGCUUUCUCAACCCCAGGAGAGUUCCCGAGUCGGUGACAGCAGAUUUUCUCAGCCCUGUAUGACAGCCAUCCAGAUAGCCCUCGUUGACUUACUGGAGAAUUUUGGUCUGCAACCUGAAACGGUGUGUGGCCACAGUUCAGGAGAAAUUGCAGCUGCUUACGCCGCUGGUGCUCUGAGUAGGGAGGCCGCUAUGGAAGCAGCCUAUUACCGAGGUAUCUGCUCAUCCAUGGCGAAAGGCUUGAACCCAACAAAUGGGGCCAUGUUGGCCGUGGGUGAGGGAGUGGAGGCAAUCACCCCAAGGAUUCGAAACAUCACCACCGGAAGGUUGACAGUGGCUUGUGUAAACAGUCCAGAAAGUACCACAAUUUCUGGUGAUGUUGCGGCUAUUGAAGAGCUCCAAGCUGUCUUGGACUCUGUGACUGUCUUUAAUAGGCGGCUUGUGGUAGAUUCAGCAUAUCAUUCUCAUCACAUGGAGGUAGUAGCAAAAUCGCAUCUCUCUUCCCUGGAACAUAUGGCGCACGGCAUACCACGAACGAACGUCGCUUUCUAUUCGUCAGUCACAGGCACACGCAAGCUAUCUGACUUCGGACCUUCUUACUGGGUAUCGAACUUGCUGUCACAAGUCAAGUUCAGUGCUGCAUCUCAACUGGUGGCAGAGCACCUGGCCGCAAUUCCUGGAGCUAAUAUCAUAUACACGUAUAUCCCAACUCUUAUCCGGAACCGUAACGCAGUUGACACCAUCCUGGCCCUAGCAGGCAAGACAUUUGAAGCUGGAUACCCGAUUCAGCUAAAUGCUGUCAUGCAGGACUUGGAGAGAGUCGCUAGCUUGUAUAAAGUUGUUGACAGUCUUCCAACAUAUCCGUGGGACCACACGACCAAAUACUGGCACGAAUCAAGGCUUAGCAAAGGGCAUCGUCAGCGUGCCUUCCCUUAUCAUGACCUUGUAGGCCUCUUCGACGUCUUCAGUGCCCUGCAUGAACCUCGAUGGAGAUAUAUCGUGAGCUUGCAAUCUAUUCCAUGGCUUCAAGACCAUGUUGUUGAGGGGUUCGUCAUUUUCCCAGGUGCUGCCUACUUGACUAUGGUCACCGAGGCUAUGAAACAGUUAUUCCAGUUGCGACGGACUUUAGGUCGUAUUAAGAGCAUCAACUUCCGAGACAUCUCCUUUAAGAAGUCUGUCGUGAUCAGCGAGUCAAAAGGCGAUGAUAGUAGCUACCGUAACUAUAUCCCUGAAGUCGAAUUGCAACUAACCAUCAGCCCGGCGCGUCAACAUGAUGCAAGUCCAUGGGAGUAUUUCCGUGUUCUCUCCUAUGAUCCUGAAAACGACUCUUGGACGGAGCACACAACUGGUCUUGUCACAACCGUGACGGAGGCCCAGGACCUUCAGGCUGACGAAGUUGAGGGUACUAGAGAGGAUGAUCUAUUCACAGAAGAUGCCCUCAGAAUACUGCAGGAAAUUCAAACAAACUCAUCAGUUAGUAUAGAACCAGAAAAUCUCUAUGGUUCUCUCGCAGCAUCCGGUAAUGAUUUUGGCCCCAGUUUUCGGGGUCUCAAGGAGAUCCAUGUUGGUAAAUGCUGCGGUCUUGCCAAAGUAGUCGUUGAGAAUAUUGUUCAAAAGAUGCCUGGGCAGUAUAUGCAACCGCAUUUAAUCCACCCUACAACGCUCGAUGCUGUCAAUCAGCUACAGGCAGCAGUGUUCCGAAGAGAGUGCAGCAUCGCGCCUGUGAUGCCGGUAAUUCUCAGCGAACUGUCAAUAUCCGCCGACAUGGAUCCUACACCCGGUUCGGAAUUGAUGGUUGCUCUUAAUCUGCUUCCAGAAGGCUCUCGUACAGCGCUUGGAAACUCGAUCGCCUACCAAAAGCAGAAGGAUGGAAAGUUCCGUCCAGUACUCAUAGCCAGUGGGAUUAGGCUUCAAGUUGUUGGUGAAGUUGAUUCAGCCAAUAAUGGACCCCUCAAAAAGAAAAUGCACUACCGGAUGCAAUGGAACUCGGAUGUAGACUAUAUCACACAAGCCAAUUUCAUGGACCAAAUCUCUCGCCGCAAGCUGCUAGACGUCGGAUACGGGACGCUCAGCAAGCUCGCCGCUGAAGAGCAACUGCAUCUCAAUGACCAAGUCGCAACGAUUUUUAUUCGCAGAGUAGUCAAUCAACUACAAGCGAAGGAUAUUUCCACGGCAUGUAAUCCACAUCUUUCUAAACUCCUUAGUUGGAUGAUAGAGUGGAACCAGUCCGAGGCCGCCGAAAGGAUGCUUGGAUGUCUCGAUUCCGACGCUGAAGCCAGGCUAAUAGAACAGGCAAGUCAUGACAAUAUAGUUGGCUUUACAUUGAAACGCUUCGGUCCACGACUCUUCGAUAUCUUCACUGGAGAGACGGACUCACUUGAACUGCUGAUCCAGGACGACUUACUGGGGCGACUGUACUCAGAGUAUACCCUUUUCAACGGUCACUACGCACAGGUGGCAGAGUAUAUGAAGGCUGUUGUUCACAAGAAACCGAACAUGAAGAUUCUGGAGAUUGAUGCUGGUACUGGCAGUGCAUCCAUGCCGCUCAUGGAGAGCAUCAACCGUAACGGCCGGCUGCUGCUAGACGAGUACACUUACACAGAUAUCUCAUCAGGGUUUUUCGAGCGGGCACGCAACAAAUUCAGCCAAUGGGCUCACCAAAUAAACUUCAAGACGCUUGAUAUUUCACGAGAUCCUCUCGAACAAGGUUUUUCGGCCAAUUCCUUUGAUCUGAUCUUUGCAUCCAUUGUGUUGCACGCUACACCGCUGAUGGAUGUGACAAUGUCUAAUGUGCGCAAACUACUAAAACCAGAAGGCCGCCUUGUUCUCAUUGAGCUUACAGGACUUGCUCCCGCCUCCAACACUAUUUUCGGCACCUUGGAAGGUUGGUGGAUGUCAGAGGACGGGCGUAAGGAUGGACCGCUUCUCACCGUGCCAGAAUGGGACCGUCUAUUGAGACGACAUUCCUUCAGUGGCGUGGAUCUUACUAUUCCAGCCCACCUUGGCUCAACAUCGUCCUUAAGCAGCAUGAUAGUUACCAAAGCUACAAUGGACCUGAGUCAAGAGGGUCGAUGUCCCCAAUCUAAGAUGAAAGCUAGUGUUUGUUUCACAAAUACGGACUCCCCUCAGACGGAUGCCUUCAGCAGUGGAAUAUGUCAUUCUUUGAGCAACAAAGGAGUUGAAUGCAAUAAGAAAUCUUGGGAUACGACCAUUGCUGAAGAUCUCGACAGACCUCUGAUUGUCCUUGACUCGGCCGAACGCCCAUUGCUGCUCAAUCCAUCCCACGAAAUAUUUGAACACACCAAAAAGUUUCUACUCCAGGGAAAGUAUGUCCUCUGGGUCAACUUCCAGGAGUCAGCUCAACCUGAAAGUGCGGCCUUGAAGAAUAUGAUCAAUGGCAUGGCUAGAGUAAUCAGGCGUGAGAACCCCAGUCUACGAAUCAUCACAGUCGACGUCCAAGACCAAGUUACUCUUCCCGGAUGCCUAGAGCAUAUUACCCAGAUACUUGCUGAAAUUGCUAUUUCGUCAUUCUGGCCAGCCUCAGAAGAGGUUCGGGCCGAUGAGUGGGAAUAUACCGUCUCCGGUGGCGAAUUAACCAUCCCAAGAGUGAUUCCUGACGACCGCUUUGCAAGUUUCAUAGACAGCAGCAAUAAUCAGGGUGGCGGAAAUAUGACUCAAUGUAACUAUCUUGACAAAGAUAGGCCUCUCAUGCUUGACGUCCAGGUACCAGGAUUGCUCAACACUCUCCGUUUUGUGGACAAUAAUGCCAUGGCAGAACCACUUGGUCCUGACCAGAUUGAGCUCCAGGCUUGCGCGUACGGUGUCAAUUUCAAGGAUGUGUUUAUUGCCUUGGGUCAGAUGCAACCUGGUGUACCGAUGACAGGUGAGGUGGCCGGAAUAGUCACUUCAGUCGGCUCCAACCUUCAAUCAGUGUGGAAAACUGGCGAUAGGGCAAUUGGACUCAUGGUCGCCCCUUUCGGAAACCAAGUACGAGUCAAUGGCAAGGGUAUCGUCCCCAUUCCAGAUUCCAUUUCCUUCACCGACGCUGCUUCCAUCCCGAUCGUCUUUUACACGGCGUGGUACUGUCUCACCCAGGUUGCUCGACUGGAGAGCAGCCAGAGUGUUUUGAUCCACGCAGCGUCAGGUGGUGUCGGUCAGGCCGCAAUUCAGAUUGCGAAGCUGAUCGGAGCCGAGAUAUAUGCUACUGUGGGAAGCACGACAAAGCGAAAGCUGAUACAAGACCAAUACGGCAUAGCAGAUAGUCACAUAUUUUCGUCACAUACUCGGAAUUUCAAGAAAGGCAUCAUGCGUUCAACUAGGGGCAAGGGCGUUGAUGUGGUUCUCAACUCGCUUUCGGGUGAAUUCCUGAUGGACAGCUGGGACUGCGUUGCUCCUUUCGGAACGUUCCUCGAAAUUGGCAAGACGGAUAUAUAUGGGCAUAGCCAGCUGAACAUGGCUCCUUUCGAGAAGCAGGCGACUUUUGCUGCAGUGGAUACGUCGCAUAUGUACCGACUUCGUCCCGAGUAUGUGAGUAAAGGCCUUGCAGAAAUAUUCGACAUGGUCGACAAGGGCCUUUAUAAGCCUGUACACACUGUGACCGAGUACCCGAUGAGUCGCAUCGAGGACGCCUUCCGUCUCAUCGCUGCUCGGAAACACGUCGGAAAGCUGGUGUUGGUAGCUGAUGCACAGACAGUUGUUCCAGCGCCCAGGCCGAAGCCCAAGCCACUUCGACUACACCGCGAAGGGACAUAUGUCAUUGGAGGUGGCCUCGGUGAUUUGGGCAGGAGAAUGAGCCAUUUCCUUGCCGAGAAAGGGGCCGGUCACAUCGUGACCCUCUCGCGCCGGAAUAUCGAUAUUCAACAGCGCUCCUCCCUGGAGGAAAGUAUUAAAAAAAUUGGCAGUACACUCCAUAUAGUCAAAUGUGACAUUACCGAUGAGGAAAGUAUGCGUGCUGCUGCAACAGAAAUAUCCCAACUACCACCAGUGAGAGGCAUCAUCCAGGGUGCAUUAGUGCUUUGUGACCAUCCCUUGGAGUACAUGAACGUGGAAGAUUGGAUGACCGCGUUAAAACCCAAGGUUCAGGGCACACUGAACAUGCACAAGCUAUUGUGCUCACCCAAAACUACCGAUUUCUUCAUCAUGCUUUCGUCCGUUGCUAGCAUUGUUGGAGCGACCUCACAAAGUAACUAUAGUGCAGGUAAUUCUUUCCAGGAUGCCUUCGCCCACGCACAACAAGCCACUAGCUCGCUCACCAAGUAUACCACCAUAAACGUUGGUGUCGUUGAGGGCUCAGAACAGAUAGCCCGAGCACUGGAUCAAAACAGUGAAAUUGUGCGAAUCAUUGGCAGUGUAACGUUCGACGAACUUUUCGCUACGCUCGAAUAUGCAAUGGGAUCACAAGCCAGGCUUGAUGAAGCUAACCAAUGUAUCAUGCCUUUCGACCGUGACUCUAUGGAAGACGCCAUAGGUGAAACGGCUUUGAGUGAUCAUUUGUUCGACCAUGUGACAAGUCGGAGGAAACUGGAAGUUAUCGCAAACAAUGGCCCGAGAAGCAAUCAGCCAGCAAGCGCCACCCAGGCUGUUGAACAAGCCAAGUCGGUUGAGGAUGCGGAGAACAUUGUUCAGAGUGCCAUUGCCGACAAGGUUGCUGCGUUUAUGGGCGAUGAGGUGCCUGUCGACCAACCCAUAACAAAUCUUGGAUUAGAUUCCCUAGUCUCCAUUGAAAUCAAGAAUUGGGUCAAACACAUUUUCAAGGUCCCACUUCAGACUUCGGAGCUAAUGAAUGCACGAAGCAUCAUCGCUCUAGCUAAACUCAUCGUAUCGAGGAUGGAGCUCAAGGGCAAAGGCAGCGGGGGAAAACAGAGUGUGGGCAAGACAGAGACAUCAUCGCCUGGAACUGUCACCACAAAUGAUCAUAACGAAAAGACCCACCAUAGCUGGGACUGCUGCAAGCUCUCUAAAGAACCACUUGCACAGCCACUACCAGAUCUUGAUGAUGCACUCGAUUUCUGGAUCAGCACAACCGGACAUCUCUACAGCCCCGAACAGCUCCAGACGGUUCAACAGGACAUUCAAACAAUUAAAGCCCCGGAUAGCCCGGCUCGCCGUGCUUUCCAAGAAUUAUUAAAGACACAUGAACAUGAAAAGAUGAGCAAUGGCUGGUACAAUGAUGUCCUGUCAGACGCUCGGUGGCUGAGCAAGCGAUACCCGGUCGCUCCGUACCAGAGCAUCAUGGUCACACAUCGAGAUAGUAAGAGACUUCAAUCACAGGCAGAACGUGCCGCUAUUAUUUCCUCGUCGGUCUUUUCCUUCAAUCGGGCUAUGAAGGCCGGAAAGAUUGAGCCUUUCUGGAUCGCCGGAAAACCCUCAUGCACGUGGAGAUGGGAUUGGCUCUUCAACUCGGUGCGGGAGCCCCAUAUUGGUUGCGACAAGAUGAUGCGAUACGAUGACUGUAAUCAUAUAGCAGUGUUAAGGAAGGGCCACGUCUUCAAGGUGAUGCUCCAAGAUCAUGGUGAAGACAUGCUGCUGGAGAAGCUCGAAGCCACGUUCGAAGCUAUCAUAACGCAGGUUGAAGAUAAUGCUCUCUGGACAGGUAUAUUGACAACAGAUGAAAGAAACUCGUGGGCGAUGGUGAGAGAAAAGCUGUCGUCAUCGAGCCUUACCAAUGCCGAAUACUUUCGUGUCAUUGAGUCUGCAAUGUUCGUCUUGUGCUUGGAUGAUGGAUUUCCUGAGACACCGGAAGAAAGAGCGCGACAGGGUUACAUCGGGGAUGGCUCGAAUCGCUGGUUCGACAAAGUGUUGCAAUUUACCGUGAGCGAGAACGGACGGUCAGGUUUGAUAACGGAGCAUGGAGGAGUGGACGGCACCACUUCUGCACGCCUGUCAGAAUGGAUCGCAAAGGCCAUUGAUGAAUACUUGCCCAGAAAUAUUCACCACUAUGAGAAUAUCCAGCUCGAGGAAGUGGUGCUUGAAUCCACAGUUGAAGUAGAUAGCCACAUCGAUAUACUGAAGCGUCGUUUCCGUGAGAACACCUCAGCAGGGACAUAUAUGCGAGAAACUCUCACCGAAUUCGGCACUGACUUCCUUGUCCAAGGCAAAAUGCCCGUCAAGCAAGUUGUUGACAUCACCUUCCAGCUCGCCGUGCGCCUCUUUUAUGGACGAAACAUCCCUUCAUGGGAGUCUAUCAGCGUAGCUUACUACCAUCAGGGCCGAACCGAGUCCGUACAGAGGGCCCUCGCCGCUGUUGUUUCUUUCUGUGAUGCAGCAGCCAAGGCAUACAACGGUGAGGAUGGCAUCGGAGCAACCCCUGUUGAUACCGUCAAACUGGCGGCUCUCCUAUCGACAUCCACUAAACAAAUGAAUGCCAAUAUGCAAGAAAUUCUUAACGGACGCAGUCACAUACGAGUCAUGGAGUUGCUGAACUGGGUGUGGCCAUCUGACGCUGCCAUUCCAAAGCCACGGUCCUUGAGUGAGGGGCUUUUCCAUGGUAGGCCCUCCGUCUACGCUCAAAGCAAUGCCCUCGAGACCGACAUGGUCAUCAACGACUUUGUAUCUUUGUUGCCCAACCCGGAAGGAUUCUGGACAAUCAUGAUGCCAGAGAAAAACUCGAUUCGUCUUUCUCUCACCGGUGGAUCACAGGAACGGACUACAGCUUUCAGCAAACAAUUGCAUCGUGCUGCUGGGAUUAUACGCGAUAUCGUCCAGGGGGCUAGUUAA